AUGCCCCAUGCUCGCAAUAAAACCGGGAAAGCCUCUCGCCAUGCACCGCUGGACCAAGAAACUGUGCUAGAAAGCGCUUCCUCUUGGGUGAGGUGGAUAGAGACGGGUGAAAAGAUAGUGACGAGAGACAUAAAACGCAUUCAUGAGGCCCUCCAUUUAGUAUCCGACAAGAACGGAGCAGAUUCAUACACUGCUGCUGUACGGCAGGCUCACUCCCUAGGUGGUAAAGAGCUCACGGUGAUAUUUGCUCUGGCAGUCGGCAAAUCCGCUUUCAGAGACACUAAGAAAGAGCUGAAGAGGAAGCUUCUGACACUGUUGGCAGAGUUGCGUGAGUUUGAGUGUCGUCUUGUUCCAGAAGCAGAUGACGACAACCGUAGCAACGUCAGUGGGACCGCUUCGGAAAUACUGUCGCAAAGGGAACCUGAGGCAUCGGUCCCAUCUGAGGCGAUAUCUUCUCAAGAAGCAACCGCCUCGUUGGCCUCUCAAUCGCGAUAUCAGACGGAGCUCAGUGGAAACGUGUACGAGCUUACUCCGAUCGAUCUUUUGGAGAUAUCAACUGCGCUUGUCACUCAGAAGCUCAUAUGCCCGGGACCUCUCCUGCUGACAGAGCCCUUUCAGCCCACAGCAAAACCAUUCAUCACUAUUCCCAUUACCACGCAGCUCUGUUAUUAUCUUCGAGACCGCUGCAGACAGGUCAUGUAG